AUAAAGCAGCAGGCCAUCCUGGUGAGAGAUAGUCACUCUCUCAACCUAUAGACCAAGUGAGCCCUGGGCCCUCACUUCAGACUCAGCAGCAGGACAGGAUCCAGCACCACUCCCUGAAACAAUGACCAUGUUUGAAAAUGUCACCCGGGCUCUUACCAGACAGCUAAACCCUCGAGGGGACCUGACACCCCUUGAUAGCCUCAUAGACUUCAAGCACUUCUACCCCUUCUGCCUGGUACGGAGGAAGAGAAAGAGCACGCUUUUCUGGGGAGCCCGGUACGUGCAUACUGACUACACCCUCCUGGAUGUGCUUGAACCCGGCAGCUCACCUUCAGAUCCGACAGACUCUGGGAAGUUUGCCUUUAAGAAUAUGCUAGAUGCCCGAGUGGAGGGGCAGGUGGAUAUGCCAAAGACAGUCAAAAUUACAGGGACUGGAGGGCUGUCUCGGAGCAGCACUCUGGAAGUCCAAACACUCAGUGUGGCUCCCAAGGCCCUGGAGACCUUGCACCAGGAGAGGAAGCUGGCGGCAGAGCACCCGUUCCUGAAGGAGAUGCACGAUAGAGGAGAGAACCUGUAUGUGGUGAUGGAGGUGGUGGAGACUGUGCAGGAGGUCACUCUGGAGAGAGCCGGCAAGGCAGAGGGUUACUUCUCCCUUCCAUUCUUCGCCCCAUUGGGGCUACAGGGAUCCAUAAACCACAAGGAGGCUGUAACCAUCCCCAAGGGCUGCAUCCUGGCCUUUCGAGUGAGACAGCUGAUGGUCAGAGGAAAAGAUGAGUGGGAAAUUCCACAUAUCUACAAUGAUAACAUGCAAACCUUCCCUCCUGGAGAAAAGCCAGAAGAGGAGAAGUUCAUCCUUAUCCAGGCAUCUGAUGUUGGGGAGGUGCAUGAGGACUUCAGGACACUGAAGGAAGAGAUUCAAAGAGAGACCCAAGAAGUGGAGAAGCUGAGCCACGUGGGGCGAAGCUCCCUGCUCACCUCCCUCAGCAAACUUCUAGGGAAUAGAAAGGAGCUACAAGACCUGGAGCUCACGCUUGAAGGGGCUCUAGGCAAAGGACAUGAAGUGACGCUGGAGGCACUCCCAAAAGAUGUCCUACUAUCAAAGGAGGCUCUGGGUGCAAUUCUGUAUUUCCUUGGAGCCCUAACAGAGCUAAGUGAAGUCCAACAGAAGCUACUGGUAAAAUCCAUGGAGAAAAAGAUCCUCCCUGUGCAGCUAAAGCUUGUGGAGAGCACAAUGGAACAGAAUUUCCUUCAGGAUAAAGAGAGUGUUUUCCCCCUGCAACCUGACUUGCUCUCCUCCCUUGGAGAAGAGGACCUGACCCUUACAGAGGCCCUAGUGGGGCUGAGUGGCCUGGAAGUGCAGAGAUCUGGCCCCCAGUAUACGUGGGACCCAGACACCCUCCCCUGCCUCUGUGCCCUUUAUGCUGGCCUCUCCCUCCUGCAGCUGCUGACCAAGGCCUCCUAACUUGCCUUUUCCAUCUGCUUUCUGCUUUCUUAAUGCCUUCCCUACAACAUUUGUGCUCUGUCCUUAACAUCCAAUGGCAUUUCAGAGCCACCAGGCUGAGGAUGAUGGAAACCCUAGCUGAUCCCCCAAGCUAACCAAUUUUUACUUGUCCCUCUAUAUCUCCCCCUGCCCCUAUAGCUUCGCAACCUGCUAAGCUCAUCUGCUGAUGCUUAAAU